CCUCGGACGUCGCGUUUUACCAUUGGACGAAAUUAUCCGUCUCCCUUUGGUUCCGACUCCGCCGCACCGAUAUAACCACCUUUCGCUUCGACUUUCGCUUUCGGUCUCCUCCGUCUUCCUUUCGUCCAUUUUUUUUUUUUCUUUUUUUUUCUUUUUUUCUCUUUCUUCUCGUCUCGUCUCAUCUCGGCCGUUGGUCUAAAUUUGCUCCUCUUCCUAAUGACUCGUUGUUCUAUCCGAUUAUCGCCGAUCUCUUCUUUAGAUUCGCAAUCAGUUCGCGAGAGUCGACCUAAAUAUAAGCACACGGUAUAACGAACGCGCGGUCGAGCGAGAGAAAAGAAAAAAAAACGAGAUUUGUUUUCUUCCCCCCCCUUCCGUGAAUGUUAACGAAUCGUUUGUAAUAACAAUAAUUCGAAAAUAAAAGAGCGGUUGUUGUACCUAAAAACGUGAAAUAGGAAAACGAACGCUAAAUAGAGUUUACACGUGUAACGGGGCAUGGAAUCUAAUUACAAUUAUUCGAUCCGGAUAUAACUCGAAUAAAAAAGAAAAGAAAAAAAAGAAAAAUCCACCGCAGUGUUGAUGUAAAUUGAUAAAUUAAUUACUGAUUAAUACCCAAGUAAUUAGAGAAUAGAGAGAGAGAGAGAGAGAGAGAGAGAGAGGAAUCAGAAAAAUUGGAAUCGGUGAUACGCCGCGGUUCAAGCUGGAGCUGGGAAAGAGGAAUUUUCACCUGCGAAGUGUGAAGUCUGAGCAUACCUGGGAUCGCCUAAGAAGCACUUCCCCCGAGUCCUCCCCGGCCAAAAUCACACGCCUUACCUCUCCCCGGUCCUUGUCCUCUUCCACUUCCUUCCCUCUUGUUAAAACCUCCCUCAAUCAUAUUCGAAAUAUUGUCAGCACUACAGCCAUGGAUAAUAUGGAUCCCAAACCAAUGCUCAAUGACGAUCCGUCGGUCACAUUAACGAUCCGCCUUAUUAUGCAAGGAAAGGAAGUUGGCAGCAUAAUUGGAAAGAAGGGAGAAAUUGUAAAUAGGUUCCGUGAGGAGUCUGGUGCCAAGAUAAAUAUCUCAGAUGGCUCCUGCCCAGAGCGUAUAGUCACUGUAACCGGCCCCACAAACUCCAUAUUCAAAGCGUUUACCUUGAUUUGCAAGAAGUUUGAAGAAUGGUGUUCGCAAUUCCACGAUAUUCAAGGAAGUGGCGCCGGUGGUGGUGGUGGCGUACCCAGGCCGCCUAUAACACUCAGAUUAAUCGUACCAGCAUCUCAGUGCGGAUCGUUAAUUGGAAAAGGUGGAUCAAAAAUAAAGGAAAUUCGCGAAGUGACCGGUGCCUCUAUCCAAGUCGCCUCUGAAAUGCUACCAAACUCAACGGAACGUACAGUGACUAUCUCAGGCACCAGCGAGGCUGUCACGCAGUGCAUCUAUCAUAUCUGCUGUGUCAUGCUAGAGUCCCCUCCCAAAGGUGCCACGAUCCCUUAUCGCCCUAAACCCCAAGUUGGUGGGCCAGUGAUCCUGGCUGGUGGGCAAGCCUACACCAUCCAGGGUAAUUACGCGGUGCCCGCCCACUCGGACGUAAGUACAGUAUUGCCAUUGCCCGCCCCCCAUACCGGGCCAAACCCACCCUCGCUGAAUACCACCACAUUGACCAGCUCCCAUUUCGCAACCCAUCACCCAUCACACUAUGCUUCACAUGGCCACCCGCUCCUCCCCCCUCAUCUUACCUCCCAUCAUCCACUUCAUCCAAGCCCCCUUCACGCCAGCGUGGCAGGCCUCGCCGACCCCCUGCUGAAGAGUGGACACUUGCAGGCAGCCCUCCCGCCCGUACACCUCGUGGCAGAUGCCAUGGGGAAAUUGGGAAGCAAUCCUCUCGCUGGUCUUGCAGCUCUAGGUCUCGGAGGCCUUGCUACACCUGCAAACACUGGCGGACUGAAUCCAGCUGCUUUAGCAGCGCUCGCUGGAAGUCAGUUGCGCACUACCAACACCAACAGGCAACAACCCGCCGCUAACAAUCAGACACACGAGAUGACUGUACCAAAUGAGUUGAUCGGUUGCAUUAUUGGAAAGGGUGGCACCAAAAUAGCUGAAAUUCGUCAAAUAUCAGGGGCUAUGAUUCGCAUCAGUAAUUGCGAAGAGAGAGAAGGAGGGGCUACUGACCGGACCAUCACAAUCACUGGAAAUCCAGACGCAGUUGCUCUCGCACAAUAUCUCAUCAAUAUGAGUGUCGAACUGCAGAAAGCUAACUUAGAGGCCCAAAAUACCCAAACCCCUGGCAGCGGUACCACUCCCGGGGCAUCCGGGGCCAGUGCUUCCCCCUCUACCACUACCACCACUGCCUCUCCUUUGGCCAGCGCCAUUCCUCUGGCUCAGCUGCUUAGCAAGCCAGGUGCUCUCAACGCCCUAUCUAGCCUCACUGCUCUUGGCGGGCUAACGGAAUUGCUAGGUGGGGCUACAGGUGCAACUACGACUGCACUCCCGGUGCAAACCACUGGUGUGCACCGUUCACACAAGCCAUUUACACCCAGACUACGUAGUCCCGGUGCACCCGGGCCCACAGACAGCGGCAAAUUUAAAUCUGAACGCACCAAGUACAAUCCGUACUAAGAUAAUAAUCAUUUGAUACUGCGAUAUUGAGGAGUAUGGUAUAUAUCGUGGACUCGGAGUGCUGCAAACCUAUAUUUUUCCUCGAUGGAUUCUCAAAGUUGAAAGAUAUUUCAUCGAUAUUAGCUCGUUUUGUUAUCUAUCUGCCUAUCUAUGAAUCAAUCAAUCAGUCAAUCAAUCAACCGAUCAAUCAGUGAGCAUUGUAAUUAGUUUAUUCAUCGAACUUUUGUUUCUUAUAUUUUUGUUUUUUUUAAUAACUCAACUUUUUAUAGCGUAAUCAUACUCAUCCAGGUAUCAUUAUACCGUACUGCGAGACAGUGUCUUUUAUUAUUAUCAUGUAGUCUUUUCGUUUUUGUUGUCAUUAUUCAGAUGUAAUUUUCGUGAUGAUCAGAUUUUGAAGUAUCUUUCUUGUAAUUUUUUGAAUAUUUUUCUAGUUUUUUUUUUUCCCCCCCUGCGUUUUCUGUUAUAGAAACGCAUCGAAAUCGCACGAUGUCAUUGAUUGAAUACGUAUCAUAACGGACCAUUUUAGUGCGAUAGCAAAACCCCUAUAGUUGGGUUUAAUACCAUUCGUCUUUGAGAGAAAUUUUUGUAAAUCGUCAAGGUAUGCUUAAUCAACUAUCGACGUCGCUGAUGCGGUCGAAUAAUAGGAAGAUAGUCGUUUAAUAAAUAGAAUGUAAAGAAUCAGAAUUUGUAAAUCUCAACAAUUAAUCAUUCCUUUGGAACAUAAUUACCAGGGAAUAAAAUCGUUGUAUAUGUGACUGCGACUUUAACGUUGCCAAAAAUGUUGAUCCGAUAUACAUCAUGUUAGAUAGCUAAUCACUAACACGACAAAGAAAAAGCUGACCGGCUAUGUGUGUAAUCCAUAGUUCGAUAGCGCAGAAGACAUUUUGUACAAGUGCUUCGAUACGCGUCUCGUCUAGGUGUAUCAAAGAAAAAAAAAAAAGAAAGAAAGAAGAGGAACAACGAUGCCACUGAAACGGUCUGUUAGUGAUGACAUUUGAGAGCUUAUUAAUUAUAUAUACUGUCUCGUUGUCUUGUCUACCAGCGAAAUAGUUCAGUUAAAAUAUCUAUCGAUAUAUUAUAUUAGUGUAUUAUUCACAUGACAUUCACGCCUAUAACUAAUUAUUCCUGUGUUUCAUAGGCAUUACAUGCAUACACAUUACAUUUACUUCGUUGACACUACAAAUGCAAUACUUGAAUCAUUUAAUGUCAAAAAAAUGUGACGUGUCUCUUGAAGAAACUCAUUAAUAUCAAAUUUAGCAGAAUAACAGAAGAAAAAUACCACUAAUCAUUAAAAGAAAUUCAUCCGACAUCCAGGAUAAGUUUCACGUAUGCGUACGUGAUGUUUAAAUAAUAAUCACAAUGGUAAUGAUGACACAAAUAGCGACCUAUAUUGUCUGAGAAAAUCAAUUUAUUUAUUAUAUCCGAAUGAAGAAAACCACACAAAGAGAAACAAUCCAGCUUUGUAUUUACAAUUCUUCAAGCUGAUAUUUGUAUAGAACAAAUGAAAUUUUCUAGUAAUUGAGUACAUAUCCGAAAAUAAAUGAUCAUCGAGAACCGAAAAUAAAAAUUAGGGCUUCAGAGCCGAUGAAGUAAUAUGUGUGAAUUAGUGUUACGAAUUGAUUUGUCAUUUUCUGCUCUCGAGCUACGUCUAAGAAUCAAAAGAAACAAUCAUAUGCCUAUGGUAUAUUAUUACUUAGUUUUUUUUUUUUAUUUUUUUUCCCAAACCGAUAUAGAUUCCUUAAUAUUCGUGUGCUCAAUCGUAGAGUUAGUGAGAAUACAUUUAAUGAAAUUAGUUGAUUCUGAAGUCACGAUAUAAUCGCAAUCAUUGUAAAUUUAUUAAUAAAGUAUAAUAGUCCGUCAAAUCUGAUGUAGUCGAGUUGGACCUGUCCACCAUGAAUUAGGUACUUUCAUUGUAAUGAGAUUUUAUUUAUUUUUAAAUCUUCAAUAACGUGGAACAGGUCUGAUAGAUGUUACGAGGUAUGCUUAAUAUCUGAUAUUGAAAUUUUGACUUCGUUUGUUAAGGCAAUAAUAUUCAAUACAUGGGGAAAAUGAAACAAAAAAAAUGAUGGAAAAAUAAAAUCAACUUCGUAUUGUAGGCAGGAUCAUGGGAAGAAUUGAAAGCGUGUGUCGUCGAAUCUGAGCACGUCGUUGAGCUAUAUACAUUGUGUGCUUAGCAAACAUGGCUAUUCUGUAUCACCUUGUUGAAUAAAGCUAGGCAUAUUUAAUACAAACAUUUCCUUUGUCUUCCUUUUAACGCGGAAAUGUAAAAGAAUAGAAUAAUCAACUAGCUCCAAAAUGCUCGCUCGACAAGCCUUACGAAAUCCAGAUCGUAACGCGACCUAACACGAGCCUAUUCUUUUCACAUUCAACAUUUUUUCUUAUGAUUUCUUACAAAUUUCGCAUCACACGCUACGCAUACAUACAUGGUUCAUCGAAGCCAAAAUACCUAGCUCUAUUCUUUUGCAUAUCUACUUAUUAUAAAAUCCUUUCCAUUUUCAUAGGUCCAAGUAUCUCGAAGACAACUGCAUCGGGUUGUAGACGAAAGAAAUUUUCGUAACGAAAAAUUAGAAUAUAUUCGGUUCCACCAAUGGUCACGUGAUCGUGGAUUUUCAUCGAAGUACGAAAGCUCUGUUCUUCGCGCUUCCGACCGGAGCAAAACCGAUGCAGUUGUAUUCGUACAUGUUCUCCGGUUCUUCAAUUCCUGCACUAUAAGCACAUUGUAAAAUAGUAACGUACGUACAUGCCGAAGAGUGGAGACUCGUUCAAAGAGAUGUAGAGAGAGGGAUAAAGAGAACGAAGAUGUAUCCAUCCAACCAACUUGACCUAAGGCUCCUGCCCGCUACCGGAUAUCAAUGGAAACAGCAGGAAUGGCGAUCCCAGCAUAUCACUACAUCACACCGAAUCACAUCGUUAAAUCUUCGAUCCAUUAAAGAGGCUCAUAUUGUUAAAAAAAAAAAAGACAUGGGAGACAUAGCGACACAUGCAAAGCGUCUGGGGCUGAGCCAAAUUGUGUUCAUCGACAAGCUUGCAACAUGAUCACGUAACGUAUAUACAAUUAUACAACGUGUUCGAAACAAUGAGACGCAACAAACACUUGAUAAUAAGUGUAUAUAAUUUGUACAAACGGAACAAAAACAAAAACAAAAACAAAAAAAAAAAAAAAAAAAUAAUACGUUGCAGCCCCAUGCUGCUGCUGAUUGGUAAAGGGAACAAGCCAAAGAUAUGUUAGUUUUCAUUUUUAUAUUUAAAAAAAAAAAGAAGCAAAAGAGAAUAAUAUUGAUGCGAGUAAUUCUAGACUGGUUGUUAGCGUUUUUUUAUUCACGUUAUGGCACAUUCGAAUGCUAAGGAUAUGCUGGGUGGCUUUUAGUGAUCGCUGUAAUUGGCGCGACCGACUCCAAUUAUAUACAUGUCGUUGAGAGGUGGAAACUGUUGACAAAAACCGACGAAAAAGAAAAAAAAGUGUAGAGCUUGAACGAUUUGUAGAUUUUUCGAAACGGGACGAGAGAAACGAAAAAAUUUUACAUGCGUUUUUAAAAAACAAAACAAACAAAACGAAAUUUGUAUAUCAAUAACUCUCCGACGGAUCGCUCCGAGUUACCACGGAUGUCCAUCGUGCAACGGGUACAAAGUACCCGCGAUUUAAUUGUAGUUGCGUAGCUUUUGCAUGCAAAUUCAAUUCGAAAUUAUUAUUGUUAAUGAUUAUUAAUUAUUGUUGUACGAUGUUAUCUUGUUCAGGGUACGUAAAGGGACUCUUUAAAAAAAGUCAACUUCUAUACGCCUCCCCGGAUAACGAAAUAUCCUAUCGCAAACUAAUUUUUACCUUGUUAAUGACUUGUUGAGUAAUAAUUUUACUUGAUCAAAAUUGCAAUAACACGCGAAUACGACAGCUACGUAUAGAAAAAUAAUAUUUACUCGUAUAUUUAAAAAGAAAAAAAAAAAAAAAAAAUCAUAUAAUGAUUAUGUUUUAUUCGCCGACAUAGAAAUAUUGUCAUCGACGGGGUAAAAUUUAGUGAGGAAACAAAUUGUUUUUUUUUUUUUUUGUUAUUUUGUUAUUUUUCAAACAGACAAAAAGAGGAAGGAAAUGACGUAUAAGUAAAAGUGAAAAAAUGAAUUAUUCUGUGGAGUAUAAAUAGUAAUAUAUUUAUUAUACGAUAAAAAAAAACAUAAUAAUUAGGAAAGAUGUAGGGAUAAAAAAGUGCGAAUUUAAAGCCUAGUUUCGAACAGGCGUUCUUUUCCUCGACCCCCCAUCCCCCCAUAACUUCCGCAAAAGCACCGCAUACCAGGCAGAUGAUUACAGCGAUUUCAAUCACAUUUUUUCCCCUUUGAAUUGUCUAAUCCACCCCUCGUAACCCUUCGGAAACUGGAUGUGGAAAUUAUCGAUGUGCGUGAGUUGAUUUUUAUGUUGGGGGGGGAAAAAAAAGAAAAAAAAAAAAUAGAAAAAUAGCUCGCCCGUCUGCCUUUUAUGCAAAACUUGCUACAAGCCAGUCUAAUCGUAACUAUAUAUCAUCCGAAUAUAAUUCCGAACGUCACAACCAGCAAUAAACUUUGCAUGUAAAAAAUGAUUGGGUGUGUGCGUGAGACCGGUGGCUUAAUGUCCCCGGAUUUUGUUUAGGUAUCGCAAAAAUUCCGAAGAACUAAAUACCCAUCCAAAAAAUCUAGCACAGCCCACACGUCUUCGAGUCAAAGAGAAGAAAAAAAAAAGAAAUUGAAACACUUCCAGCGCGUGCCAAAUUCUUGUACUCCCAUGCUUCCCUAUUUAACCCCCUUAUAUUAUACCUAAUACCUAAUACUUGUUUUGUGUCAUAGACGACAGCAUGCUUGAGUAAUUGCUUUGCAGAUUUUACCGUUCAAUUAGAUCGCUUCGAAGAUAUACAUUUAGUAGAUAUCGUAUAUCACCGUGUAGACCAGAGAUUUUAAGGAAAAGGAAAUAGAAAAACUUCCAUCCGACGUAUCCGAACAAAGUCGUCAGGACCCAAUCCCCUACGCCGGGCCCUCCUCCUCCCCGAUCGUCAGAUUUUCCCGGGGGUGUUUGGAAAGUGUUACCACAUUGAAUAUCGGCUCAUCGUGAACAACUCCAUGAACAAUUUUAUGCUACGUAAUAUUUCGGUUACUUUUGAUUAUCCCAAAUUCUCUACAACUGUCGUACUGGCCCUCGAUGCGUACUUGACAUCAAACAUUUUUAUUGUUAGUCUAUUAAAAACAAAUUAGUGAGAGACGCGGUAUGAUUGUGUAUCAACAAUAAAUAUUGCUGUGAUUAGAUUUGAAUAUAGUAGUAGUUAAGGGCAAUUUUUAGAAAAUAUUGGAGAGCUAAGGUUCAGAUUUAAAUAUUGAAUACAUUAACGUGGACGCACUGCAGCGAGUGGCAUUAUGUACCGAACAAAUAGACUGAUAACAAUACCAGUGCGAUUACGACGUUUAAAAUAUAGAAAAUAAAUUCUAUCGUAAAAUAUCUAUACGAAACGCAUUUCGCAGUUAUUCACUGAUAAUCAGCGAUUGAAAAGCAGAGGAAACUGAGAGUGAAGGGAAAAGAAAAUUUCUCCAGGGUGUUGGGACCGUUGAACUCCUGCGAUUGUGUAUAAUAACGAGAGAGAAAUUCUCUAACUGCGUGAUAUCAAAUUAAACAGAAUUAAAAGAAAGAAAAAAACAAAAAAAAAAAAAGAAAGAAAUAAAUAAAUAAAAGUGUACCUAUUUGAGACUAUAAGAUGGUAAAAGGGUGACCAAUAAUUCACUUUAUGUGAAACCUCUUUAUCUUGUCGUUAAGUAAAAGUAAAAGUAAAAAAAGAAAGAAAACAAAAAAAAAAAAAAAACCAAGUAAUAAUUCGAUUAAAUGUUAAUCAAUUUUUUUCAUUUUAUACGUUUAUCAAUUUUCAAUACUCGUUAUUCGGCAUUCGUUUUAUGAUAUUACCGCAUGAUUAUUACUCAUAUAGAAUGGAAUAUUUGAGAUACAUAUCUGAUGAAAAAUAUCGGAUUACAAUAUAAUAAUACAUAUUAUAUCUCUUGCUCGAAUACCGCUCAUAUUUAUUCGCUAUACUCAUUACUACGAGGUAAUAGAUUUUAAAAAUCAAUCAAGUCUUGUGGGAAUAUUUCAUAGCUCUUAAGUAUAAUUAUGUCUAAUUUAAAUUGUAUAAGAUUCUAAUUGUGUACAAUUUGAAGGAGAAAAAAAACAAAAAAAAAAAACAAGAAGAAUUAUUCAUAUAGUAAUAGCAUUAUUAUCGACAUCCGGUCGUGCCAAAUGAAUUUCUUAAUGACGAUAGAAUUAAAAAGAAAGAAAAAAAACAAACAAUCUCGAAGCAGCCCUCGUGCCCCUUUUGAAACAAUGAUUGCUUGUCACAAUCACAAAAAAUCCCGCUCUGAAAAAAUUUCACAAACCGAUUCUAUUAUUCAGGGCCGAUCGAGUCUCACGAGAGUUUCUGAAUACCAAUACCAUCUCUAAUUUCGAUGGUACGAAAAUCCGCGUUCUCUUAUUUUUCAAACUCCUUGCCCGAACAAAAAGAGAUAGCAAAAAAAAUAAAUAAAUAAAUUAAUAACGCACGGUUCUUGUCGUGGCAUAGAGCAAUCUGUUGAAGCAGGGGCCUUAAUCUCACUGCGCGAGAACUGAUAAACUUCACUGAAAAGAAAAAAAAAUUUAUUGAGAUCGCACUGCGGUUAUGCAAGUGAAUGAAAAUGAAAAAAAAAAAAAAAAAAACACACAAAUGAAAAAUAAAGAAUAAAUGUGAAGCAGCAGUUACCGACCUUAAUGUAACGCAAGGCAAUCAGCUAAGAAAUAACUUAGUUUUUAUAGGAUAUUGUAUCGUGUUCGUCGUUUCUAAUCAUGACCUGAUAAUCGACUUCAAUGGCGAACGUAGUCUUUUGGAGGCAUAUUUUUUCUAUGGUGGAUAAAUAAAAGAGGAAGAGAGAAAAAAAAUUACAAACAAACACAUAAUAAGUGACAUUAACUCGAGACAGAUUGUGCCAAGUCAAAAAAAAAAAAAAAAAAAUUGAAGUAUCAGCUCAAACGCGUGCCAAGCUAAUUAAUAUAUGAGUGCCAAUAAAAGUUUUUUUAAUUAAUUCAGGAGCUCUUAAGUGUUAACGAACGUACAAUGAUUAUUGAUGGAUCUAUUUCUCUUGUGGAAUAAAAGGAGAGAGAACAAAAAUAGAACACGCACUCGGUGAUCGUUUUUGAAUUGCGAAAUAGAAGAGGAGUGCGAGAGACAGAGGCACCGAUAUACACGUAACGAUCUUAUCAAACUUUAAUUGCACUUAAUAAAUAAUUGCUUGAACAUCGAAUGCGACAAGUUUAUAUCGGACAUUGAAUGGAUCUCGAUAGUUUGAACAAUAAUAUUGCAAUGAUUGAAGGAUUUGCAUGCCGCUAUAUAUAUCUAUAUAUAUAUAUAUAUUUGUUAGAUUAAUUUUAAUAAAUUAUUAAAGUGGGUUUUUUUUUUUUAUCGGGACCCAUGAGAGAAAAUUAUUAUUAUUGAGAGGCUUCUGAAAAUGAUAGAUAUCUGUAAAAGAUAAUCCGGAUAUUUGCUGAUAAAAUGCCGUAGCAUUUCGAAGUUGUACAUACGAAAAUGUGAAUUUUAAAAAACCACUUUGACAAUGAGAUGAAUUAGUUAGUUCCUGGUUUGAUAUCAGACUUGAGAUAUCCCUACUUUGCGGAAGAAUAGCGAGUAGCGAUGCAAGUGAGAUAAUGGAAUGGCACGAAAUCCAAAGUUGAAUAUCCCUGAUCCGAAAGCAAAUGUAAAAAUAUGGAAAUUUGGCUACGCUGCCUUUUUUAUAAUUUCUUUGGCCAAACCAACUUAUGUUUACGAAGCCUUUAUAAAACAGGGUCAUAAAUACUUACAAGUAAUACGAGUAUUUAAAAUGAAGAAAAGUAGUUGUGUAAUAUCAAGAGUAGGAAAAUGUCUUUAAAAAAGAAAAAAAAAAAAAAAAACAAGGAGGAGAGAGAAAGAUAAGCAUAUUGGGAAAAGAAGGAUAAUUUUUAUUAACGCGAAAUGUAAAUUGAUCUAUUUAAACUUAGACAUUUAUUGUAAGAAAGGUAAAGAAAUAUAAAAAUACUGAUUGGUUUUCUGAUUGCGGUAAAGACUGGCGUUAAAUUAUAACGUGGAAUGUUUCUUGCGGCACAUUGAAAUGUGUAAUGAAAUAAAUCACAUGUGAAAUGAACCAAAUAUCUUGCGUGAUUGUUGUAAGAAACGCAUCUCCACUCCGUAACAAUACUCUUGCACCAUGACAUUGAAGUGCUGCACGUUAGAAAAAAAGAAAAUAAAUAAAUAAUAAUUAAAAAAAAAAAAAAAAAAAAAAAAAAGAAGUACAUUAUUUCAGGGUAAUGUUUUGUAAAAUUGUCUGCUAUACAAUAUUUACAUGAUAAAAUUAACAAAAGGAAAAAAAAAAAAAAGAAAGAAAAAAAAAUCAAUAAAAUUAUUAUACUAAAUAAUUAAGGAUAGAGAAACACGAUAUAUAAUGAUUAAUAAUAACGUAAGUAAGAUGUACCUACAGUUAUAGGCGGUAGGUAGAAUUACGUAAAAACUGAAUAGUGUAAUAAAAACGUAUCGUCAUUACAUGUGAACGGAUAUCAAUGUAAAUGAUAUUAUUGGUUCAUUCGGCAGAGCAAAAAUUACAUUAGAACCUGUAGCUGAUAUACAUAUCUUGUAUUCGUUAUACCAUAUCGAUGCGGAUAGGUCAAUCAAUUGCCACUCAAACUCUGACGGAGAUAUGGAAUAUUCUUAGGACCCUCCGAGCCCUACAUUUCUCUACGAAGCACUAUCCUUUGGCUUCGAUGCCAAGUCAUCGUGCUCGAUCACAUCAGAGGCCCUCGUAACUCUGGAGUUUGCUUGGAAAUUAGGGUGACCUAGCCGCUGAAAUAAGUAAAAUUAUCACGUAGGAGCCGUGUGUAUAGACCCAAUUAACACAUAGUGCCCCUCACCCAAAAUCAGUCUACAUAUCAAACUAGCUAGCACCGUGUCCAUUCCUCUUCCCCAACUACUUAGCCUCCUGGCAUCUCCGUCGAGCAGCUAUUCCUUCAAACUCACAUGGCAGCUUUUGAGCUUAUAACUUUGAAAAGUUUGUAAGCUUAUCGGCUGUUGAUUGUACGACACAUGAUGUGCUGCGAAAGGGAUAUCUGGACUUUGUAGCUCAUAUCACCCCACCUACCUAUGUAGCUACGUAAGUUUAUUAUUAUUCUAUAAUCCUAAAAUCGUUGUUCCCAAUUUCACAUAUCCAUUAUAAUUAUUACCACCUUAACACUAUGGUAUUGUAGUCGAUUAUUCUACCCUGUAUCACACUGCAUAAAUAAUUAACCAAUUGUAUAAUUCGUCGAUGAAUAUUUCUCCUUUUUAUCAUCGUUUCAAUUAAUGUUGUCAUUAUUAUUGAUUAUUGAUUAUUGAUUAUUGAUUAUUGAUUAUUUUUUAUUUAGAUUUAAAAUCACGAGCCAUGAUCGUCAUUCUUUUUUGUUUAAUUUCCAAAAUUUAUUAUUCGUAUAUUGUGAUAAUAUUUAGAACGAAAGGGACGUGCAAUUGAGAAUUAUGUCGUUUAACAUACUUCAAGCCAUCGUACUGCGCGAACAGAAUUAUUUAUUUAAUUGCAUUAAAAAUUUUUUGAAACAAUAUUGUUAUGUAUUUAUAUUGAUUGUAUUUUACACUAGAUACUACGUACACGUUGUUAAUUAGUUGCUAUCCGAACGAAAGCUGAACUAACUAAGGGUGGUUUUUUAGACCAGUUCCUCCGAUACGAUCCGAUAAUCUGACUAUUCCGGAAAUUAUUUUCUUCCAUUGUGCCCUUAAUUUAUUCAACUUUUUUUUUUUUUUUUCUUUCAUUUAUUACACACGUUAUAGGUGUAGUAAUCACUUUAACGUUAUUAUUUUUUAUCUUACAUGAUUGGUUUGCUCAACUAUUUAACUAUUAAUCGAUCCAGUUAAUUGUUAAUUUAUUCACGAUGCCAUAAAUUGAAAAUUAAUUUUUAAUCGAUUAGUAAAAAGUAAGCGGUCACCAAAUUUUUACUUCACUUGGCAUCGAUCGGUUAUACACUUUCGAACAGUGAUAUACUUCCCGAUUAUAAAAAAAAAAUGCUAAGAUCUGAUUAUUAUUAAUUUUUUUUUCGUUUUUUUUUUUCCAAUGGGACAAGUUGUAUUUUUCUCUCGCUAAUAAUUAAUUAUACUACUUAUCGAAAUUAGGUAGUUGAAAAUUGAAAACGAGCCGCCAUUUAAUUUUUCAUUACUAAUGUAUUUAUUACAUGUUAGUUGUAUUCAAUUAACAAUUGUAUAUAUUAUAUUAAAUAUUAUUUUAUAAACAGACCUGUAAUUCUCGUUCGAAUUGUCUCCGUAGUUAUUAUCAUUAUCAUUAUCAUUUUUAUCGUCCUUAUUAUUAUCAUUAUUAUCAUCAUCAUCAUUUUGAUUAAAUUCAUAUUAUUGUGAUUAUGCAUAAAUUGGCAGUGAAUAGAAAUUAUUAUUUGUAAAUUUCACUCAUCUACUUAUCCCUGUAUUUCUAUCAGGCAUUAUAAUAUUUUAUUCUCAAACGAAAUGAAAAAAAUUAAUAAGCAAACAAAAACGACGUUAUGUUGAUAACUACCAAUUUGACAGUAAAUGAGAAAAAAAGAACAUACCGAGUAUGAAAUAAAUUGAACUAAAUAAAGAAGAAAAAAAAAAUAUAUAUGUAUAAUAAUGAUGAAAAAGAAAAAAAUUACAAUAAAGGCAAUAAUAUUGUUAAAUUUCAAAUACAUAAACAUUGUAUUGUAUUUGAAUUGUAUAAGUUGCAUAAAAAAGACAGAUUUUCUUUAGAUAACGAUGCACUACAUGAUAUUUAAAAUAAUAAUCUAAGUAUGAAAAAAAAAUAAUAAAAAUAAAAAAAAAAUACACUGACUAUAUUUUCAUAGUUCAGUAGAAUUUUGCUUAGGUUAAAUGAAGAAAGAAACAAAAAGAAAAAUACACGUAAUAACUGAUGAUAUUUUAACAUUAUGUAAAACCAAACAAAGAAAUAAAAUUAAAUGAAACACAAUAAGACGAAGAAGAAAAAGAGAAAAUUAAAUGAAGGAACUAAAAAAAAAAAAA